UUGGACGCAUAAAAUUCAAAUUUGAAAAUUAAUUUUAAUUUUGUUGAGUCGAAUUUAAAUACACGUCAAAUUGCUGCCUCAUUAAGCAAGUAGAUCCAACUAAAAUGUACUCGACCGAUAUCGAAAAUGAAUUCGAUCUAAUGCAAAAGUACAGAGGUAAAGUUAACGAAAAGUCAAUCAGAUCAAUUCAGCAGUACUACCGGUCGUAUAAGUUGAUGAAGGCUUCACGAACAUCUUUUGUGAAACUUCGAAAUGCUGCUGUAAAAAUUCAACGACGCUUCCGGGCAACGAGAAAAAUGAGAAUAGAACGAAAGAAAUUUCUUGACUUGAAGAAAUUCACAAUUUUGAUGCAGAAACGAUACAAAAACUCUGUGACCAUGCGUAUUGAACGUAGGAAAUAUGUAGCUCUGCGGAAUGCCACUCUAUUUUCACAAAAAAAAAUUCGGCGGAACCAACAAAGCAAAAUUGCUCGCCAAAACUUUCUGAGUUUAAAAAUUGCCACCAUCUCUAUUCAAGCUCGCUUUAGAGCAACAAUGUCAAUGAGACUCGACCGCCAAAAAUACCUCCAUCUAAGGAACGUGACAAUAUUUUUGCAAAGACGUUAUCGGGCCAAUGCCUUGAUGAGACAGCAACGUUCCGCUUAUGUGGAACUGCGGAAAUCAAUUAUAUCGGUACAAAGACGGUAUCGAGCAAAGCGAGCAAUGAUCGCUGCUCGAGACCAAUUCCAACGAUACGUAAAAGCUGUUUUAGUCAUUCAACCUCGUUUUCGAGCAACAAUGGGAAUGAGAUUAGAACGCCAAAAAUACCUCCAUCUAAGGAACGUGACAAUAUUUUUGCAAAGACGUUAUCGGGCCAAUGCCUUGAUGAGACAACCACGUUCGGAUUACGUGAAACUGCGGCAAGCAAUUAUAUCGGUACAACGACGAUACCGAGCAAAGAAAACAGUAGAUGCUGAUCAUCACCAAUUACAAAGACACACUCGAGCGGCUUUGGUAAUUCAAUCUCGUUUUCGAGCAACAAUCAAAUUUCGAAAGGAACUUCAGGAAUACCUGUGCCUAAGGAAGUCCACUCUCUUUAUUCAGAGGCGGUUCAGGGCAAAUGUGCUCAUGUUGAAGCAACGUUCGGAUUAUGUGAAACUGCGGAUAUCAAUUGUAUCGGUACAAAGACGGUAUCGAGCUAAGCGAGCAAUGAUUGCUGUUCGAGACCAAUUCCAACGAUACAAGAAAGCGGUUUUGGUCAUUCAACCUCGUUUUCGAGCAACAAGAGAAAUGAGAUUAGAACGCCAAAAAUACCUCCAUCGAAGGAAUGUGACAAUAUUUUUGCAGAAACGUUACCGGGCCAAUGCAUUGACGAAGAAACAGCGUUCCGACUAUGUAAAAUUACGCCAAGCAAUUAUAUUGGUACAAAGACGAUACCGGGCAAAGAGAACAUUAGUUGCUGAUCGUCACCUAUUACAAAGACGCAUUCGAGCCGCUUUGGUAAUUCAAUCUCGUUUUCGAGCAACAAUUGAAAUGCGAAAAGAACGUCAGAAAUACCUGCGUCUAAGCAAGGCCACUAUCUUUAUUCAAAGGUGUUUUAGGGCCAAUGCACUCAUGAUAAAGCAACGUUCGAAUUAUGUUAAACUACGGCAAGAAAUUGUAUCGGUACAAAGAUGGUAUCGGGCGAAGAAAUUAAUGGUUGUUGUGCGGGAUCAAUUUCAACGACAUAAGAAAGCGAUUUUGGUCAUUCAAACUCGCUUUAGAGCAACAAAGGAAAUGCGAAAGGAUCGUCAGAAUUACCUGCAUCUAAUCAAUGUUACUAUCUUUAUUCAGAGGCGUGUUCGAGCCAAUACGGUGAUGAAGAAACAACAUUUGGAUUAUCUAAGACUACGACGAGCAGUUAUGUCGGUACAAAGACGAUACCGGGCAAAGAGAGAAAUGAUCACCGUUCGAGAACAAUUUCAACGAAACAAGACAGCGGUUUUGGUCAUUCAAUCUCGUUUUAGAGCAACAAAGAAAAUGGUACUCGAACGCCACAAAUAUCUUCGGCUAAGAGAGGUCACUACAUGUUUGCAGAGGCGUUCGCGAGCCAAUGUAUUGAUGAAAAAGGAGCGCUUGAACUAUGUGACGCUAGAGAAGGCAAUUAUUUCCGUUCAAAGACGUUAUCGAGCAAAUAGGUCAAUGGUCGCUGACCGAGAGCAAUUUUAUCGUUACAAGAAAUCGGUUUCCGUUAUUCAAGCACACUUCCGAGCAACAAUAAAAAUGAGAAUGGAACUCCUGGAAUAUAAGUGUCUGAGGAACGCCACAAUUCUCGUUCAAGCGAAAUUUCGUGCAAACAGUACCCGACUCAAGUAUUUGAAGUUAAAGCAAGCAGCUAUUAUCAUUCAGCGUAAAUUCCAAGCAAAGCGAUCCAUGAAAUUGGACCGAAAAUCCUAUAUAACGCUACGGGACUGUUGUAUACUGUUGCAGAGACGUUUUCGUGCUAAAAAACUUGGUCAGUGUCAACGUUUAGAUUACUUGCAAAUGAAGAGAGCGGCAUUAAUCAUAGCACAGCGAUGGCGUGCUACAAAAGCUAUGCAUGCGGAACGACAGAAGUUUUUACAGGCUCGACGGGACGUAAUUUUUAUCCAACAAAAAUUCAGAGGUCACAAACUAAUGCUUACGGAACAAAAUGAGUUCCAGCGAAUUCAGAAAGCACAUCAACGGGUAACUGAAAGGAAGCGAAAUAUGUGUGCAACUAAGAUACAAGCAAUCUGGCGAGGUUGGUCUGUCCGAAAUCGAAAAACCGAACGAUCAUUAAUUUUACGAAAAAUCCGACGAAAAGUCGGACGAAUUAGCAAACAUGUUAGGGAAGAGAAAAUUCUGGAAAAUGUUUUGCGAGAGCAGGUAGCUAUAUUAAAGAAGAAAAACAAUUCAGCGGGAUUACUUAAUGUACUCCGUGCUGUCGCUCAAACAUCACGAACUGUACCAAAUGCUCUCGCCAAACAUUCGUUGUUCAUAUCGAAUUUUUGCUAUGCAAAAAUGUUGCAAGCUGGCCGAUCAGAAUCAGACAAAUUGCUGAUAGAGCAGUGUAGUUCGAUCAUUUUGAAUAUGGCCAGAUGCAACGUAACUAAAAAACAUUCAUUCCAAUUUAAAAACUUGAAUACGAUUGCUCAAGUGCUGUUACGUUGGUGUGAUAAGGACAGCGAAAUUUUCAACACCCUGUGCACUGUAAUGUACAUAUUCAGUCUGACCCCACGGUUCAAUGAGCAAAUUCAAAUUUUCAUGAAAACUUCUCAAGCGGUUUUUAUGUUCGACGAAAUGAAGCGACGAAUUGUUAGAAAGGACAAUAUGACAAGGCACAAAAUGGAAAAGUCAGUGUCACAUCGUAAUUUGGUUGCUCUUAAAGUACAGCCACUGAAUGAGUUGCCAAGUGAAAAGUCGGAUUUUGGUAUGUUAUCGGUUGGAUCGCGAAGACCUUACAUUUUCUCUUCAUCAAUUUUCGCUUACAAUACUGUUGUGCGGGAAUUUUAAGUCGAAUAAAUAUUCCUUAAAUUU